UCUAAAUAAAAAAGUUGCACCAUAUCAUAAGAAAUACUUAGUUAAUUUAUCGUGGGCGGAUACUAAUGGAACACCAAUCAGAAAUGGAAGGCUACGGUGAAAAUGCGAACGUUCAAAACAGUGGAAAUUAUAUCACGAUUAUUCCGGUAGAAUACUCAAGAAGACGUUAUCCGAUGCAAGCUGAAUACCAAUACAACGAAUACAGAUCACGCGAAGAGUUCUACAGCGUCCAAAGCCAGAAGCUGCAAGCGGAGGUGAGCGCGCACCUGUACUCGGUGUCGCAGCGGCUGCCGCACCUGUCCUACAGCCCGCUCGGCCGCCGCGGCGAGUGGGACAAGCAUGAGCACAAGCCGCUGCAGACCGACUCUAAGGAGAGCAACAGCUCGGACUCGCUGGAGAAGAGCGUUAUGGGAUCCAACUUGAGCAGUUGUUCGAAUCAGACAGGCUCCAGCAGCAUCGCCGCGGGGUCGUUCAGCACAACGGAACCCAUCACUAGUGGGGGGAGCACUUCCAGCGCCAUAUCACCUCCCUUACCAGGUAAACUAAGUUCAUCAGGCAGCACGGCAUCAUCAUCAACAGCAACCUCCAACCCGGUCACAUGCGUGUACCUCAUGUCUCGCACCGCCAUCAUGGUGGAAAUGAGCUCCGAAGAGAACCCCACGUCAGUCACUGCGUCAAGGUUUCUCAACGCCGUAUUGGCGACCGAGGAGUUGGGACUCAGUCAACCUACGGUCAGGGGGCUGGCGCAGACGGUGUUCGCUUUGUGGAUGUGCAGUCCUUUGUUGGAGUUCCAGCUGAAGCCGCACCACUGCCCGUGGCGCAUGUGGGCCAACUGGCAGAAGCUGCUGGCUCGCUACGGCCACGGCUCCGAGUCGAGACGGGCCAAGGACCAGCCGGUGUUGAGGUUGCAACGGAACGUGUUCUUCCCGAAACAUCUUGAGGAGGAGAUUAAAGACUCCCGCAUCCAAGAGCUGCUAUACGAAGAGGCGCGUCACAACGUGGUGACGGGCCGCUACCCUUUGGAGGCGGCGCAGGCCGUGAUGCUGGGCGGACUCCAGGCCAGGAUACACCUGGGGCCAUAUGACCCUCAUCGACAUACGGCUAAGUUCUUCAGAGAGCAGCAAGACAAGUACCUCCCAGCGCACGCGCGCUCCGGGCGAUGGGCUCAACUACUACCAGCCGGGCGGAAGGGCUCCCCCGAGGCGAAGCUUCUAGAACAAGCGCAGCGACCUCCGUCAGCGCCUCCCAGGAAGCUGAGACACAAGUACAUCUCUCAUUGCCGGUUGCUGCCGACUUACGGCGCGGCCUUCUUCCAAGGUCAGAUCGAGCAGCCGGUCCGCUCGCUCACCAGCCUGCUGACUCACGAGGACAUCCCCGUGCUCGUAGCCGUCAACGCUAACGGCGUCUACGUUAUUGACGAUACUGAGAGUACGGUUCUACUAGGGUUGUUGUAUGAAGAGCUUUCUUGGGACAUUGGACUGCCGUCAGAGGAACCGAACGAGGAUUGCCUUCCGUGUCUCUUCCUACAGUUCAUGGUGGUUGAAAACGGGCUGAGGGUGUCUAAAAUAUUACAGGUGUUCUCAAAACAAGCUAUCAUGAUUGACACCCUCAUCGAAUAUUUCGCCGGCGAAUAUCGUAAACGUCUCGGACAAGAUACUCCAAGUGACCACGCUAACUAUGACUAUCAUUCUGACUCCGGCAGCAUAUCCCUACCGCCGCUCUCCCGGCCGGACUCACCACAACGUCGUCUAUCUAACAAACUGUCGCGCCUCGCGCUCGCCACACACGAUGGUCGAGGCAACUUGCUCGGUGGAGCUGGGGAUUGGAACACAGACUUGCACAGGCCGAUGCCGUCUUGGAUAUUGCCGAAACAUUAGAAUCUCGUUAGUAUGUUUGAUGUUAGUAAGGUUUUUUAUACUUAUGUUAUUUGGUAAAAGCCGUAAGCUAGAUCCAUUUACGACUGUACUUUUUGUCGCGUAUAUUAAAACAACGUGUACUUAUAAAAAAUACUCUAUGGGAGAAAAUAACUUAACGCAGGCCAGUAUACCUAGUACCUGAUGCUGAAGCUGAAAUGAAAUGAAAUUUCAUGAAACAUGCACUUUAAAUCAAAAUAUGUAUCUCUAAUGAUCAUUGUUUAUAGGAAAAUACAUAAUUUAUCGGUAACGGUUAAGAAAUAAAGAAUCUCAUUUAAGUUAA